CUCACUCAUUCAAACAACUUAUCACCCUCUCCAUCGCUUCCUCUACCAAAACCUCGUCUUCCUCCAACAACCCAAGUGGGCCCCUUACAUGGACUCCACCUCAGCCCGCCGCCACCUCAGCAAAGCCGUCGUCAUCAUGGGCCCCACUGGCUCCGGAAAGUCCAAACUCUCCGUUGACCUAGCUUCCACAUUUUUCAAGCCCUCCGAGAUUAUCAACUCCGAUAAGAUACAACUUUACAAAGGCCUCGAUAUCACAACCAACAAAAUCACGUUGCAUCAACAAAAAGGCGUCACUCAUCAUCUACUUGGUGCCAUUGACUCGUCCUACUGCGUCACUCCUUUCGAGUUUCGAUCCCUCGCUUCUCGUUAUGUAUCGGAUAUCAUUUCGAGACGAAAAUUGCCAUUUAUAGUCGGGGGCUCGAAUUCUCUCAUCUAUGCUCUACUUACCAAAAGGUUCGACCCGGACUCCGAGGUUUUUGACGGGUCAAGACCCGACCCGGUGUCCUCGGAGCUCCGCUACAACUGUUGUUUACUCUAUAUGGACGUGUCAUUACCGGUUUUGAACCAGUACUUAUCGAAACGAGUCGAUGAAAUGCUUGACUCGGGGAUGCUAGAGGAGUUACAAGAGUUUUACGAGUCGGGUGGGUUUGACUCGGUGAACCCUAACGGGUUAGGUCAGGCCAUAGGCAUACCCGAGUUAAAUAAAUAUUUUAGAUGUACAAAAAAGAUAAACUCCGAGGAUGACGUGGCGAGGAGAAUGUACGAGGAGGCCGUGCAACAAAUCAAGGACAACACGUGUCAACUAGCCAAGAGACAAGUCUGGAAGAUCCAACGGUUGAGGGAAGCGGGGUGGGACCUACACAGAAUCGACGCGACGGAGGCGUUCAAGGCGGCGCUAGGGCGGAGCAAGGCGAGGGUGGCGGAUAUAUGGGAGAGGCAAGUGGUGGAAACAAGCGUGAAAAUUGUGAGAGAGUUCUUGGAAGAGUAGGUUUUACAGCUAUUUACAGCUAAGCUGUAGAGCUCUCACUCUUUGUUACACUGUAAAUUUUAUUUUAUUUUUUGUUAUUUUUUCGUUAUUGUAAAAGUUGGUUGAUAUAUGCAAUUUAUGCGCGGUGUCAAUUUUGCAUGAGCAGAGGAUUAGAGCAUUCAUCUUGAGGUAAAUAUACGUUUACUUUCUCUUGUAUAUAUAGAGCUGGGUUUUUGACAGGUUUAUUUGUCUCCGGUAUAAAUUCAA